AUGUCUACCCGCAAGAGAAAGAAUGACCCGGAGGAGGAGCUUCAGGCUCUCCCUAGCGACGAGAGCGAGGAAGAAGAAGAGUACGAAGACUCUGAGCCCGAUGUGAGUGACGAGGGCGAGGAGGAAGAAGAGGAGGAGGGAGAGUUCGAUGAGGACGACGAAGAAGAUGAUGAGGAGGAGGGCGAGGCUGAAGGUCCCCCAGCAGCCAAGAAGCAGAAAACCGCCCCUGCCGCCGAGGAAGCCGAGGCUACCGAGAACGGUGCCAACGGCGACAAGGAUGGCGAAGGUGAAGAGGAGGAAGAAGAAAAAGAAGAAGAAGAGGAGGAGGAGGAGGCUGAAGGCGGACAAGGCGACGAAGCUCCCGCUGAGACCGCGAAGACUAGUGGUCCUGCUGAGGCCGCCGCCAAAGACAAGGGUGAUGAUGUGCCCAAGGAGUCGGAUCUAGCAGAGGUCGACGCUGCGGAGUAA